GAUAGAUGGAGGUGACCGAUACAAAAAGACAGCACCUCAGGAACCUGAGAUUUCAGAACUUUGUAAAAUACUGUCCUCCUUUUGAUAUUGUCAUUGAUGAGGUCAGUGUUGCCAAAAUGUUUCCUAAAGCUCAUGAAUCUCAAGUUCUCUUGGAUGUGGUCUCUCAACUAGCCAAGCAGAAUCUUCAAGUGCUGGUCCUGGGCUGGAAGCCUAUGUUAAUGCAGAAUUCCUGGUGGAGGAAGGAUGAUAUGGAAAAUGUGCAAAAGCAAGCCAGCUUUUUUUUUUUCCUGACAACAUCUCAGAGGAUGCGGUUCCUUCUGUAUGCCAAAAUGCACUCAGGGAACCACUGCAAGUUUAUCACGAAAGAUCUGAUGCGGGACCACAAGGCCUGUGUUCCUGAUGCCAAGACCCAACACCUGUGCUUUAAGUGGCAGCAAGGACAUCAGCUGGCAAUUGUUUGUAGGCAUCCGGGAUCCAAAAUAACUUCUCAGGAUAUUCUCAUCUUUGACACCAUGGUGCAAACAACUGGAGACUCGUGA